AGCUGAAAGACAACGGAUAUUUGCAAGGGAAAGAAGUGCAACUAGACGAGCUCUGCUAACACCAGAGGAAGCCCAACAACAGCGAGCAACUAUUCGUGAAAUAAAUGCAGCACGAAGAGCUACUUUAACACCAGAGGAAGCUGAAAGACAACGGAUAUUUGCAAGGGAAAGAAGUGCAACUAGACGAGCUCUGCUAACACCAGAGGAAGCCCAACAACAGCGAGCAACUAUUCGUGAAAUAAAUGCAGCACGAAGAGCU